AUGUUUUUAGAUAAUGAAAACAUGAGCAUGCGGCUCAAAAUUGUAGAAGAUCGAUUAGGAUUUAUGGAAAAUUUAACUCAAUUACAAGACAAACGAAUAAAUGAAUUAACAAAAUAAUUAGAUCAUGUCAUUCACUAAUUUCAAGAUUUGAAUUUGGAUCGUUGCAGAAAUGAUGAAGGUUUAUCAUUUAAAUUUGAACGCUUUGAAAAGACACUUCUUAUGUUGUAAAGAGAAAUGAAUCAAAUAGGUAUUCAAUUUAUUACUAACUUAAAGCUACACAUCAAGAUGAAAGAAUUAAUUAAUUGAUCAAUUAAUUAGUUGAACCUAGUUUUAAAGAUAUAGAUAUUUAAAUUAAAUAAGAGUCUCAAAGAUUGUAAUUGCAAUGUCAAAGGUAGUUAGAUGAAAUGUAUGAGGAGAUUGUUAAUAAAUUUAAGACACCUUUAUAAAGUAGUGUGGCUCAUGGAGGAAGAGUGAGCAUAUUUGAAUCAAAUACUUAGGAUGAUACUAAGAAAAAAAUUGAUGAUGAAAUUAAUAGAAGAAUAUAAGAAGAAAAUGAAAAAAGAAGAUCUUUUUUGGAAAGUGAAACAAAAUAAUAAAAGAAUGGAUAAUUAUCAACUGAAAAAUCAAGAUCAAGAGAAAUUUAAAAUCGUUUAAAUCUAGAAAGAAAAGCAAAAUAAGACAAAAUAAAUCAAUUAAACGAAUUAUACCAAUUUAGAAAGCAUUGA